GAAGAGGAGAGAGGUGAUCGCCGUUGGGGCAGAGCGGGAGAGACCAUGUCCGGGCGGCCCAGGACCACCUCCUUCGCGGAGAGCUGCAAGCCGGUGCAGCAGCCCUCGGCCUUCGGCAGCAUGAAAGUCAGCCGAGACAAAGAUGGCAGCAAGGUGACUACAGUAGUGGCAACUCCUGGACAAGGUCCAGACCGACCACAAGAAGUCAGCUACACAGACACCAAGGUGAUUGGCAAUGGAUCUUUUGGUGUUGUGUAUCAAGCCAAACUCUGUGAUUCAGGAGAGCUUGUGGCCAUUAAGAAAGUCCUGCAGGAUAAAAGAUUUAAGAACAGAGAGCUCCAGAUUAUGAGAAAGUUGGAUCAUUGUAACAUUGUCCGAUUGCGUUAUUUCUUCUACUCCAGUGGAGAGAAGAAAGAUGAGGUGUACCUCAACUUGGUGCUGGAUUAUGUUCCUGAAACAGUAUACAGAGUUGCCAGACAUUAUAGUCGGGCCAAACAGACACUCCCUAUGAUUUAUGUCAAGUUGUACAUGUAUCAGCUGUUCCGGAGUUUAGCCUAUAUCCAUUCCUUUGGAAUCUGCCACCGGGAUAUAAAACCACAGAACCUCUUGCUGGACCCUGAUACAGCUGUUCUAAAACUCUGCGACUUUGGAAGUGCAAAACAGCUGGUUCGUGGAGAACCCAAUGUGUCGUACAUCUGCUCUCGGUACUACAGGGCACCAGAGUUGAUCUUUGGAGCCACCGAUUAUACCUCCAGUAUAGAUGUGUGGUCAGCAGGCUGUGUAUUGGCUGAACUCUUACUAGGACAACCGAUCUUCCCAGGCGACAGUGGUGUGGAUCAGUUGGUGGAAAUAAUCAAGGUUCUGGGAACGCCUACAAGGGAGCAAAUUAGAGAAAUGAAUCCAAACUAUACUGAAUUCAAAUUUCCUCAGAUUAAGGCACAUCCAUGGACUAAGGACUCGUCAGGAACAGGACAUUUCACCUCAGGAGUACGGGUCUUCCGGCCCCGCACUCCCCCCGAAGCAAUCGCGCUAUGUAGCCGCCUGCUGGAGUACACCCCCACCGCCCGCCUGACUCCCCUGGAGGCCUGCGCGCACUCUUUCUUCGACGAACUACGGGACCCAAACGUCAAGCUACCAAACGGGCGAGAUAAACCUGCACUCUUCAAUUUCACCACUCAAGAACUGUCAAGUAACCCAUCUCUGGCUUCGAUCCUCAUCCCUGCUCAUGCCCGGAACCAAGCAGCUGCUUCAACCCCUACAAAUGCUACAGCGGCCUCAGAUGUUAACGCAGGAGAACGAGUUCAGACCAAUAGUGUAGCUACAGCAUCAGCCUCCAACUCCACCUGAACCAGUACCAAGCAGCCAGCUGCACAGGAAAUAUCACCAGUAAUUUGAGUCUUGCUCAGCAACACUGGUCACAUUUGGAAAGAAAAUUAAAAAGAGGAAAAAAAAAAAUCCAACAAAACAACAAACCAACCAACCUGUUCAUUUUAGUGUUCAAUUUUUUAUUAUUAUUAUUGUUGUUCUUAUUUAACCUUGUAAAAUAUCUAUAAAUACAAACCAGUUUCAUUGUA